GUCGCUUUUGACCCCCGGGGCGUAACGGAAUCACGGCGGAUUCGCGCCCGCCACCCUGCUAUAUAAGGCGAGCCCGCAAAGGCAAAGGCAAAGCCGCCGUCUUCGUACUUCCAUACAGGGCAGCUCGGCAGCUGGAGGUUGGAGAAGCCGAGGAGUGGCGUGGCGUGUCAAUGGAGAAGCCCCGGCAGGUGGUGCGGAAGUUCCUUGCCCGGCCGCAGCACGAGGGCUUCGGCGCCGUCGUCCGCCGCAGCAUCGGGAGGUUCGAGCUGAGGUACUUCGAUCCGUUCCUUGUCCUGGACGAGUUCUCCGUUUCUGCUCCAGCUGGGUUCCCCGACCACCCACACAGAGGUUUCGAGACCGUCACCUACAUGCUUGAGGGGGCCGUGACGCACGAGGACUUCGAGGGCCACCGCGGCACGAUCAAGGCCGGCGACGUGCAGUGGAUGACCGCCGGCCGCGGCAUCGUGCACUCGGAGAUGCCGGCCGUGCCCGGCACGUCUAUGGGGCUGCAGCUCUGGGUCAACCUCUCCUCCGGCAACAAAAUGGUCGAGCCCAGGUACCAGGAGAUCAAGAGCAAGAACAUCGCGUGCACGUCGGCCGACGGCGUGACGGUGCGCGUGAUCGCCGGCCACUCGAUGGGGGUCCGGUCGCCGGUGUGCACGCGGACGCCGACCAUGUACCUGGACUUCACGGUGCGCCCGCACGCCGUGGUGCGGCAGCCCGUGUGCACGACGUGGAACGCGUUCGCGUACGUGCUGGAGGGCGAGGGCGUGUUCGGGGCCGAGAAGUGCGCGCCGGCGGGGCCGCACCACCUGCUGCUGCUCGGCCAGGGCGACGGCGUCGAGGUGUGGAACAAGUCGGACAAGCCGCUCCGGUUCCUCCUCAUCGGCGGCGAGCCCAUCGGGGAGCCCGUGGCGCAGCUGGGCCCGUUCGUCAUGAACACCGAGGAGGAGAUCGACAUGACCGUUAAUGACUUCGAGUGCUACGUCAAUGGCUUCGAGAAGGCCAAGCACUGGAAGUCGCAGGCACUGGUGGCGCUUGGCGUAGAGUAGGGUAAAAGAAUGGCAGAAUACCCAGUGAAAAAAAAGAACUUAUUGUUAUGAAAUCUUCAUUUAUAUAAAUGUUCAUAAUCUCUAUA